AUGGUAUAUAUAUAUAUAAAAAAGCAACAUGAAGCAAGGGAAGUUAAACGUCUUGCUUAUGAUGAAGAACUUUCUAUCAGAGCAAAGCUCUGGGGUACUUCCUCCAACCGUAUAGAAUUCCGUGAAGAAAUGUGUAAAGAUCUUAGUAAUUUUCAAGAUCAUUUCCACAAGAAAAUCACCCCCCUUAUUGACCGUCGUUCCGUCCUUCAAAAUAGACUUACACAAAAGAAAAACAUAUACAAAACUAACAAACAAUUGCUCCAACUAGAGUAUGAAUUAGGUCGUUUUAAUAUCGACUAUUUUUCGGUCAUAGAUGACAACGGACCCCAUUAUCGUUACAAAGGACACACGUCAGAAGACACAAAAUUACUUGAACUCAGACCACACAAACGUCUUCCUAACCUAUCUACAAAUAUAGAUAGGCACACCGUAGAGAUCAAAAAAUUGAGACUAGAUAUCAUGUCUCCUGAUGACUCUAAAGUCUUCACUUCGCCUUAA